ACACACACACACACACACACACACACGCACACACACACACAGGUGUAAACACGCGCAUUAACGCACGUUGCUCCGGUCUGGAUGUGGGUCAGACCUGUUGACGUUUGUUUUUGUUUACACCUGGACAGAUAAACAUCAGCGCGAGGACAGGAGCACGCGCUUCGAACACACCAAGUCGUGUUUUGAUGACGCUCGCGCUGGGACUUUCCGGAUACGUCACUUCGGGGCUUCCGCGUUACCGAGCUCGAGCUGCCUCUCCGCGUCCGCGUCGUUAAGACUCCGGUAACGAGGCUUCGUAGCUCCGGAGAGGACACACCGUAAACAAAACAAGAGAGAGAGAGAGACAGCCAUGAACACGACAGAGUCCCCGCAGCAGCAGCAGCAGCAGCACCGAGAGGUUUGAACCCCGGGGACGCCGUUUGUCACACCGAGAGGCGGAAUGUCAACAACGCGGCCCCUCCUCGGGAUGAGGCGAGUCACCGAGCUAACGUGCGCGGAGCAGCCGGCCAGCAGGCUCCCUGCGCCGGCCGCCAGGCAGCAGCAGCAGCCUCCGCCUCCUCCUCCUCCUGCUCCUCCUGCUCCGCAGCAGCAGCUAGAGGCCCCCACUGUGGACGAGUUCACGGUGCUGGAGGAGAAACAGGAGGAGCUGAAGUGCGCCAAGCCUCGAGUGGAGCAGGUCUUCAAAGUGACGUUCACCAUCAUCGGUCUGCUGGACCACACGGGACAGCCGCACGGCAGCAAGACCUCACGGCAGAUAUGGCUGCAGCUCCGGGGGAACCGGGAGGACGUGUCCAAGGCGAAGGAAUACAUUCGAGGACUCUGCGACCCCGAACUGCAGAAAGAAGAGCGGUACCCGGUGGACAUGCACUGUAUUUUCGCCGGCGCCCGCGGCCUCUUCCUGGACAGACUCAUACGUGACACAAGCGCUGAAGUCCUGGUGCCCGAGCCAGGUCGCCUGCGGUUGCUGGGCCGGGCUGAACCCGUCGUGAUGGCCCAGAGCAGAGUUCAGCAAUUUGUAGCACUAUUCCAGGAGAAACGAAGUCUACCCAGCGACAGAGAGCCCGCAGUGAAACGAGCGUUCAAGUCCUUCGUGGAGGAAAGGGACGACAAAUACACUAUGGAGCUUCUUCUGCUGCCCAGUGCCCUGAAGGAGGAGUUACUGGGACUGGCUCAUAGCCCCACUACAACUAACACAUCCUCCCUGGCUCAGCUGAACCAGACGCUGCAUCCCAGCGUGGCCGAGGUCGACCAGGACCGCUCGCAGAGCAGCACCCCCGUGACGGAGCUCUCCAACCGCAUCCUGGACACCAGCUUCGAGGAGAAAGGGGCCGGUAAAGCGGGGGGCGGCAUAGCCUUAGGCCCAGAGGCCGUCCUCCUCAACGGCACCCGGCCCUCGCACAAGCGGCGCUCGUCCGAGAGCGAGACUCGGGACACAAAGAGACAGUACUCUCUGGAGCGGAGGGACGAGUCGCCGGAGAGGGCGAGGGAGAGGGAGCGACAGAGGGACAGAGAAGGAAGAGGGGGCAGUAGCAGCUAUAGAUCCAAAACCCCCUCCGCGUCGUCGUCCCUCUCCUCUUCAGCUAAAGCGAACACAGUCGCCGGUCCGAUCAUGUUGGAGUCCAGUGAAGGAGUGUCAGACGAUGGGGAAGCAGUCAGCCCUGAAACCAACCUCCGCUGCUUGGUCAAUUUCUUCAGAACCAUGGGUUACCAACAGGAAGUGGUGGAGCGCGUCGUCAAGGAGACGGGACAGACCGAGGACACCUUCCUCGUUUUGGAGAAAAUCGUGGAGGAAACCAAGCGCUGCGAGGAGGGCUCGAAAGGAGGCGAGACGGAAAGACGGUCGAACCUGGCGCGCCCCGCCGACAUCCCCUCCGCGUCCUCGUCCACGGUCUCCCGUUUCCGAGAGAAGGAGCGCGAGCUGAGCCGAGCGCUGGUCGACCCGGGCCGGUCGAAAGAAAACAUCAUGCCCAACCAGCACGGAGGCAGCAGUAACGGCCUGGGGCACCGGAGGCAGUGCAGCGGCAGCGAGACCAGCACUCAGCAGGCCAUCACUAUCAAGCGGAGCUCGAGCGCUCAAGGCGGAGCAGGAAACUACGAGGUCAUCACCAUCGACGACGACGACGACAUCCCCACGAACACCAAAACGGCGGAUAGCAGGACGUCCCGGAUGAUGACGGUGGCGCACCUGGACGCCCAGUCGGGAUCCAGAACGGACUACUUGGCGCGGGGAGGGAGUGGCGGCGGCGGCGGCGGCGGCAUCUCACAGAGGGACUACCUGUCGAGGGGCGGGACUCAGACUCUGGGAGGAUCGGUGAAAGUGGAGAGCGUGACGGCGCUGCGCAGCACGCCUCAGUGGCUGACCGCCACCACCAGCUCCUUAGCUUCAACCCCCAGUUCAGCUCAGCCCAUCACCCGGCCCUCAGCCUCUCCCUAUCAGACCAUCGGCCACAUGGGGUUUCACGGGAUCGGAGCGAGGACUCCGCCUUCGAACGACCCGCCGCCGCCUCCUCCGGUGACCGGCUUGGCUCGUUUCCACCAGUCGCUGAGGACCCCUUACACUCUGAAGCUGCCAAAUGAGCCUGGGCGUCAGGACCUCAGGCACAUCAUCAUAGAUGGAAGCAACGUGGCGAUGGCUCACGGCCUUCACCGGUUCUUCUCGUGUCGAGGGAUAGCGCUGGCCGUGGAGACGUUUUGGAGGCGAGGCCACAGAGAGAUCACCGUGUUUGUCCCUCAGUGGCGUCAGAAGAGAGACCGCUUCACAACAGAGCAACAUUUUCUGAACCAGCUAGAAGAUCUGAGGCUGCUCUCCUUCACUCCCUCCAGAGAGGUCUGCGGCCAGAGGAUAUCCUCGCACGACGACAGGUUCCUGCUCCACUUAGCAGAGAAAACAGACGGGAUCAUUGUAACCAAUGACAACCUGCGGGACUUCGUCGACACCUCUGACACCUGGCGCAAGAUCAUUCAAGAGAGGUUGCUUCAGUUUACAUUCGUGGAGGACCACUUCAUGAUCCCCGACGACCCUCUGGGGAGAGACGGACCUCACCUGGACGUGUUCCUGCGUAAAGACAGCAGGAGGGCUCCAUUCACCCCUCCCCCUCUGAGACCCCCGGACUUCGGGCCUCCUUCCCAGCAGCAAGUUUACGUCCAGGCCCUGCACUCGGCCCCGCGGACCCCGGCCUCCACGCCCCGUCCCCCUCCCUCCCUGAUGCCCCACCCCACCACGCACUGGCCCCACUCCGGCCCUCCCGAGUGGCACCCGCCCCGCCGUUCCCCUUCCCCCUCGCCCUCGCCCCCUCCCCAGCGCUCGGCGGGGGAGACGUCGGAGCUGAAGCGAAAGCUGUACGACAUCUUCCCCGACCAGAAGCAACGGAUCGACCGCAUCCUCAGCGACAACCCGUACAUGAGAGACCUGAACGCCCUGUCGGGGCUGCUGCUGGGAUGAAUGACUGGCACACACACACACGCAAGGAUAUAUGUAUACACGUCAGCAUAAGAAUAAUUUAUUUUAGCAUUUCUUCCAGCCCGGGAGACGUGGAACUAUUGUUUUCAUCAUCAAACUAGCUGCUAUUGGCAAAGAUUUUUUGUUGUCGGUUUGUUUUCUGUCCCACAUUUUUUGCUCCGGACUCGAUUUAAAGUGAACAACACUGGUGUGUACAGAAGCAGAAUGCUGACAAGUUGCCAUAUCUGUCCACGUCAUCGACAAAGCGUCCAGUGGGAUGAGACGUUUGCCAUCAGACUCGAACACAAGCUCUCUACAGUUUACACUCGUUAUGUUCUGGAUCAGAAUGGACGUUACAUUAUUACAUUACAUUAACGAACUCUGCGUCGCAGUUUCAGCAGUUUGAAAGUUUGUUUUUUUGGGGGCGGCACACUUUUUAGAAAGCAUGAUUACAUCACUAAACUUUAGCACCAUCAGUGGCUGUUCGUGCUGGGCAGCAGCAGUCGACGUUUUUAAGUUUCAGCUUUGCAGCUCACCACGAAAAACACCUUCGAGGACAAAACCCAGCCUGUGUCCCGGCCUUCAUUCAGAUUAUCCACAAGCUUUUAUACCAGUUGUUCCUUACGAGGACCGUCGUCUGUUUUCAGUCACAAAUCCCACGUUCUGUUCUGUUCUUUCAGUAGUUUGCAUUUGUCAUUACGUCAGAGUGCUAUUGUUUUGACACUCAUCACUGUGACAUAACUCUUCAGCUCUCUGUCGCGUCUCUCACAAGCUGUUUGUUCAUGAACGAUCCCCGAAGCGCUUGCGGACGAACCCGGCCCGUGCCGCCGAAACUUAAAAAUUUGCUGCUCCCAAUAACCUGUGAUUUAGAAAAUUUGAGUUGUUCCAGUCGGACGCGCUGUUGAACUGUUUUGAGGAGGACGCAGUCCCGAGUUCCACAUCAGCAUUUUUCUGUUCCUGCGAGUCGCGUGCCUCGUUCUUUUAGGCAACGUGCACGAAUCCGUCUGGAUUCUGGAUGGAAACACUACAAGAGUUUGGAUUGAACCUUUCUGUUCAAACGGCCCACUUCUAUUUAAAAUCACACACCACACGUUUAAGGACGACAGACUUACUUAAGUUCCAUUUGUAAUUAGUGUUUAAUAGAUCCAUUUAAUGCACUGAAGGUAAGUUACGGUGUAGUGAGUGAAACAAGGUUUCAUUGAUGAAUCUUCAGAAAGCUUUUCUUCUUCUUUUUUUUAAUACUGGCCGUGCGAGUGUUCAUACUCGUGCGCUCAGAGAAUGUGGGCCGCAGCUUGCAUAUUUGAUGUGCAUCUGAGUUUUGUAAUAUACAUAAACACUUUAUUUCCUUGUAAUAAAAGAAUAUCUGCACAAAAACUUUACAAGGUGUCAAAAAACAAGUUUUGUUCGUAUUUGCUCUGUCGUUGUUGUGAGGAUUCCUGAAGGACUUUUUUUCUUUUGUUGUAUUAUAAUUAUUCCAAUUCUUUUUGUGUAUAUCGAUUUUUCUUUUUUGUAAAUACAAAGCAUUUUUGGCUACGGUGCACAUAUGGUUUUAUGUAUGUGGAAAAACUUAAAUAAAUGCGGCAGUCCCCAUAAAACCUUUUAUUUUCCUC